UCCACGGUUGGUAAAACGCGAGUGCGACUUGCAUCAGCGUGAGGGCGGCACUGACUGGCAAAGUUUAGAUCAGUAUAUCAGUGUUUUAAACACUUUGCCACCCUUAAAGCCCGUCGUCACUCCCGAACAGACCAGACCAGUGUAGUCACCAGCGUCCAGAUGAAGCUCUUCGUAAGUGAAGGCAACCCGCAGUGCCUGAAGGUGUUAGCUGCUUUAGGAGUGACUGAGGUUCAGUGCGACGUUGAGUAUGUCAGCCACGAAGACUGUGUGGUGCCCUUCCUUGGCCGUCCAGCCUUGCCAGCCCUGCUCCUGCCUACUGAACAGCACCUUUUCAUCCCCAAUGCCAUCUGCAGAUACCUUUUUGAAGUCAGUGGACAAGACUGCAGUGAGCUUUGCAAUCAGUGGCUUGAAUGGGAGGCCAGAGAUCUUCAGCCUGCAUUGCUACAGGCCCUUCACAUGGCAGUACUGCAAGGGAAAGGAUCAGAGGUGUCCAAGGUCCUCCAGGGGCCCCUAAACUACUUGGACCAAAGCUUGAGCAAGGGGAACACACCAUAUUUAACCGGGGAGUCCGUUUCAGUCGCUGAUGUUGUUUUGUGGGCUGCCCUCUACCCCAUUUUAUCUGACUCUUCAUUAACUCUGGGUGAACAAAAGUCUGUGAAGGCUUGGUUUGACCGUGGGGCUGCUAUGCACAGUUUCCAGUCUGCUGCUCAGAAAGUGCUGCAGGGAAAAGGCCUGCAGGGUAUGAAGAGCUACAUGCAGAGGCAGCCUGCCCCUCAGAGCAGCCAGUGCAGAGCAACAGAGCCAUGCAACAGCAACCCUGCUGAGGGUGAGGAGCGUGUGAUUUCAGAAGAGGAAAUGGAGGCGGCUGCUCUCACCUGGAGCCGAGGUUUGACUGCUGGUCCUUUGGCUACAGACAGACAACACCCCAUAUUGCCACAGGAGGGCAAGCGAAACCUGCUUGUGACCAGUGCUUUGCCUUAUGUCAACAACGUCCCCCACCUGGGCAACAUCAUUGGCUGCGUCCUCAGCGCUGAUGUCUUUAGCAGGUACAGCCGUUUGCGAGGCUGUAACGUGCUGUAUGUGUGUGGGACAGAUGAGUAUGGCACAGCUACAGAGAACAAGGCCAGAGAGGAGGGUCUGACGCCACAGCAGAUCUGCGACAAGUAUCAUGCCGUUCAUUCCAGCAUCUACAAGUGGUUCCAGAUUGACUUUGACUUUUUUGGCAGAACCACCACAAAGAAACAGACAGAGAUUGCCCAAGAUAUUUUCUGGCGACUCCACAAGCAUGGUUUUCUGGUGGAGGACACGGUGGAGCAGCUGCGUUGUGAAAACUGCCAGCGUUUCCUUGCUGACCGCUUCGUAGAGGGAACCUGCCCCCAUUGCAGCUACCCAGAAGCUCGUGGUGACCAGUGUGACAAGUGUGGACGGCUCAUCAAUGCUGUGGAGCUCAAGGAACCCCAGUGUAAGGUCUGUAGCCAGACUCCCAUCAUCAGCUCCUCCAAACAUCUGUUCCUGGACCUGCCAAAGCUUGAGAGUGAGUUGGAGCAGUGGCUGGACAAGUCAACCAGCACAGGAGACUGGACAUCAAAUGCCAAGCAGAUCACUCGCUCCUGGCUGAGAGAUGGACUCAAACCUCGCUGCAUCACCAGGGACCUGAAGUGGGGAACGCCAGUACCUCAUGCUGACUUUAGUGACAAGGUGUUCUACGUGUGGUUCGACGCCCCCAUUGGUUAUCUGUCUAUUACCGCCAACUACACAGACGAAUGGGAAAAGUGGUGGAAGAAUCCUCAUCAGGUGGAGCUGUACAACUUCAUGGCCAAAGAUAAUGUGCCAUUCCACAGUGUGGUGUUCCCCUGCUCCCUACUGGGAGCGCAGGACAACUACACUCUGGUCAACCACCUCAUUGCCACUGAAUAUCUGAAUUACGAGGACACCAAGUUCUCCAAGAGCCGUGGCGUUGGUGUGUUUGGAGACAUGGCCAAGGACACGGGCAUCCCUUCUGAUGUAUGGCGCUUCUACCUUCUCUAUGUGCGCCCAGAGGGACAGGAUUCAGCCUUCUCCUGGGCUGACAUGGCUACAAAGAACAACUCUGAGCUGCUCAACAACUUGGGAAAUUUCAUCAACAGAGCUGGCAUGUUUGUUACUAAGUUCUUUGAUGGCUGUGUGCCUGCCAUGGAGCUACAGCAGGAAGAUAAGAAGCUCCUGGCUCUGGUGGGCUGGGAGCUGCAGCAGUACAUCCAGCUCAUGGACAAAGUCAAAAUCCGUGAUUCUCUGAAACACAUCCUCAACAUCUCUCGCCAUGGCAACCAGUACAUUCAGGUCAAUGAACCCUGGAAGAAGAUCAAGGAAGGAGACACAGAAAGGCAGCGUGCAGGCACAGUGACCGGCGUUUCUGUGAACAUCGCCUGCUUGCUCUCAGUGAUGUUGUCGCCAUACAUGCCAACUGUGAGCCAGACCAUCAGGGACCAACUCAACGCCCCUCAGUCUUGCAUCGAUACCAUGUUGCAAGGCUCUGGCACCUUCGUGUGCGCCCUGAGUGCCGGCCACCGUGUUGGGACUGUCAGUCCGUUGUUCCAGAAAUUGGAGGGGGACCAGAUUGAGGCAUUGAAGAAGAGAUUUGGUGGACAGCAGCCAGAAGAUGAACCACCUAAAAAAAAGACGACAGCUCAGAGCGCUGCCAGCACUAAGCCUGCCACUGAGGCAGCUCCUGCUGCUGCUGAGGUGGUGACAGUGAACACAGUGGACCCAGAAAAAGCCAAGCAGCUCACUCAGGCUGUGGCUGAGCAGGGGGAAAAGGUACGAGCACUCAAAGCCCAGAAGGCAGAGAAGGCCGUGGUCACAGCAGAGGUGGCCAUACUGUUGGACCUUAAGAAACGGCUGACUCUGGCUGAGGGGAAGAGCCCGGAGCCUGCACCCCAGAAGGGCAAGAAGAAGUGAGACAGGAAACAAAAGUGAAAGCAAAAUGAUGGAGGUUUGUCAGAAGAAGGGAAGAGUAGAAUGGUUUGAGGUAUGAUAGUGGAGAAUGGGAACAAGAUGUACACUGAGAAAGAGAUGAGGGUAUUAGCUUAAGGCAAAGCCGUGACAGGAUCUAAGACAAUGUGGUAUUGGCACUGAGGACUAAUGAAAUGCUGGAUAGGCCGACGGGGAAGCAAAAACACACAAAGAGAGAGUCAAAUGAAUACAGCUACAGAAUGGAGGGAUUUUUCCAAAUCCCUACACCAAAAGAAACUGAUUUUAUACUCUCCCUGUGAUAAAGUCAGCAUACGAUAUUAGCGUUUGAAGGUGUGUUGCGCAUUUAAAGAUGUUUUUUUUUUUUAUGUCUGCUGGAAAAUUGUUUUCUUUUUUUUUUCUUUGCCAUUUGCUACAAAUACCCAUUUUGGAUCAGGGAAAUUAAUUGAUUUAUUUCACAAAAAAAACUGUCUGUACUUCUCCCUUCUUGAUUACCUCUUGUUUACACAAUUAUCUAAAAAAGGAACACCAAUAAACAUGAGAGUCAGCA